AUGCUCUGGCUUCUUGCUGUCUUAGGAGCCACCUGCUGCUGGUGGACUGACGCCAGCGAUGCUGUCACCAUAAAGAGCUCCCCCGGCAAGGUCGCCUACGUGCAAGUGGUCGGAACUCAAGUGGUGGAGGACCCGUCCGCUGCCGGGACCUGGGACACGGGAUGCAAGGCAUCCACUGUGAUGCAGGAGUUGCAUUGUGAUGUGGCAGCGCCCGAAGAUGGCAGCGCACCAGUACCAAAGCCAGAGUUGCGGGCACUACACCUUGAUUGCAGCAGUCUCAAGCUGCCAAGGUCCAUGGACAAGGGGCACGUUUCCUUCGUAAUCCCUAAGGAACUCGCUGCGAACUGCGCCCGGGUUACGGUUGAGGCGGCGUCGAAGGGCCCUUUGCCCAGCUGGGACAUACCUUACUUGGAUCCUCAAGAGGACUGGCUACUGCGGCUACAGGGUCCGACGCAGCUUCGAGUGGCAUGCCUUCCCUUGGAGCAUCGGCUGAUCUGGUGGAUGCCCGAGAGGUUCUUCCUGGUUGCGAAGUUCACUUUGCAGGACUCCACAGAGACUAGGCAGGAGACCUUUUACGAAGCGGAGCUUCGAGCGUGGAGAAAGCAGCUGUCCAGCCACAUUGACACCGGGCGCCGCGCCUGCGACAAAGCCUUGGAGAAGGUUUACGGCUGGCCAGCGGAAGCCGUGCCCAGUGGCCGCAAGAACUGCGGCGCCAUGCAGUGGCGCAGCCCUGAGCCGGCCCAUAGUCCUGAGCUGGACGCGCUUGUCCUGGGCCCGCUCUGCAGCGACUGCACGAACCGGACGGCGCUGACGCUUUUCACGGCACGUGGGGAGGUUGCCGGACAGCCUGGUGGGCUUACACCAGACAUCGUGGGCGUCCACGCCGAGCCGGCCAUGCCGGAGGAGGUGCUAAAACAGGCGCUACGCUUCGUAGAAGCUGGCCCCAAGCCCUGCACUGGCACAGAGGCGGAGGAGCAAGCCGCCAAGCGCGCAAGGUCCGCGGAACGGGCCGAAGGUGAAGCCUUCGUCCGGGUGGACGAGCCGGUCGUGAUCCACCAGGAGCUUUAG